CGGGAAAGUCCUACGCACGAGCCUGCCGCACCGCAACUACAUGACGGCAAGAAUAUGCAUUGUGAAUAUCUUGUCUUAGACUGGAUCUGGAAGGAUGCACAAUUCUGAUGCUGAUUCUAAAAUAAAAAGUACUGGGCAGAAACGAAAAUCAAAAUGGUAUAUAGAAUUAUCUUUACGCGAUGAUGAUGAUGGUCAGCGCAAGAUGUGCGAUUUUUGGCUACAAGAGACGGAGAGACGGGACAAAGGGCAGUUUUUUUCAUGGAUGCGUCGCUCUAUAGAUAUCCAAGAAUUAAAAUUUAAAUUACCGUGUUUUCACAAAUAACAUCUGCAUUCGUCCAUGCCCAGUCAUGUUUUUAUUUGAUAGUCGAGCAGCAGGCGUGUUCACCAAUGGAGGCAAGUGGGCAGCUGCAAGCAUCUGAAGAAGAGGCUGACCACCAGGAACCCAAGUCGUUGAAAACAACUACGCAUAAUGAGUACCACGACGGAGUCUCUGAAGCGGAAGCGCCUGCGCCGACGAAGACAAAAUCAACCGCGAGCACAGUUCGGCGUGCGGGUCGUGUUGCGCCUUUGAUUCCCCUUACCCGCGAUUAUUUCCAAUGUAAGCCUCCAUCCCCGGCGGAGGAAGAAAUCGAAGGUCCGCUUGCAGUCCGAGCGAUAUCAAAAACUGCCGAGAAAGCAGACGAGGAGGAGGAGGCGAAUGCCGGCGCAGUUGAUGCGAAUGAUCUUGACGCCGACGACAUUGCCACUGCCAGCAAAACGUCCUCACCGCAGGAUGAACCCGCGAACAUUCAGCGCCAGCAGUCGGAACAGCAUUGCAGUGAGCCGGACGUCUUCGCGGCCGCUGCGGACUGUGCGAACAAAGCGCCGCAAGAAGACCAAGAACCCGCUGCACAAAAGGGCGUCACUUCGAAUGCUGAACUUCCAGAAGAGAUCAAGAUGGAACAAGAGGUAUUGGAGGAAAAGCAAGUCUCGGUGCCUGUAGUACCGUCGAGUUCUACUUCUACUUCCGCUGUGGCCACAUCAACAUCAUUGGUUACAACCUGUGCAAGCAAGUCGUCGGGAGAUGAUACUGCGGAAGGGACUUCUGCGGGGAUGAAACAGAACUCAUUUAUUUUGGCCUCUGGCUCCGAUCGCGAUCCAGGACAAAUUAUACCUGGAUCCACUGCUCUCGGGAGCCCGAGCCCACCCGUAGAGCUAGAGCAGCAGACGGCGGAACAAGUUGACAACAUGGAGGAUGAACUGAAAAACCAACACGAGGUUAACCACGACGCCCUCUCCUUUACUGGUACAACUGCAGAGCAAGCACAAGCCGCAGUCGCAUGCCACGAGACGAAGAAUAUGGAGGAAUCGAUUUCUUCUCAAAC